GGAGAAGCUGAUCAAGCAGUGGGGUGCGAUGAACAAGUAUGUGUGGACUUGGGCAGAGACGCAGACGCCCGAGCUGGAGGAUAUCAUGCGGCGGGUGAUCGAGCUGGAAGAUGCGGUGGUGGACAAGCUGGAGAAUAUGAAGAAGCGGAGGGAGGGUCUGACUCAGAUGCUGCUUGACAUCCUGGAGCAGGAGAAGGUGUACGAUGACGUGUGCAAGGAGCACCAGAGCGCGAUCUCGACGACGGAGAAGGCGCGCAAGAAGCUGACCAAGGCGCAGAAGAAGGGCGUGGCUGUGCCUGAGGCGCAGGACGAGGUGCGGACUGCUGAGGCUGCGCAGUCGCGGGCCAGCAAGGACGAGGACGACAAGCAGGUCGAGGUCAAGAAGUUCAAGAACGCCCGCCUCAAGACUGGGUACGCGGUGUACUGCAAGCAGAUGGCCAAGCUCAUGCACGAGGCUGCGCAGCUGUUUGAGGACCAGCGCGAGAUCAUCGCCACCAUCCCGGACGUGCAAGGCUGCAAGAACGGCGAGUGGAUUCUCGGCGACCCGGUCCCGUCGUUUGUCUUUGGCAAGUCGCUGGCCUCGAUCUACGACCGCGAGCACUGCGAGAUCCCGUACGUCCUUCGCUCGAUUGUCUCGUACCUCGACGCCAAGGAGGCCCAUCUAAUGGAGGGCAUCUUCCGGCUGUCGGGUGCCACCUCGGAGGUCGACAAGCUCCACGAGCUCUUUGACCGCGGUGAGGAGUUUGAGCUUGCCGACGAGUGCACGGACGAGUACGCCGCUGCCGCCCUAAUCAAGGCAUGGCUCCGCGAGCUCCCCGAGUCUCUUAUCCCGUCGUCGGCCUACCCUUCGUUCAUGGCUGCCCUCGAGAAGACGACUGAGGAUGAGAGUGUUGAGGUUCUCCGAGCCUGCGUUGCUGAUCUCGCACCACAGCGCCGCGCCGUUCUUGCCUUUCUCCUCAGGUACUUUCACCGCGUCGCCAAGUCGUUCAAGAGCAACAAGAUGUCGGCCAACAACCUCGCCAUUGUCCUUGGCCCCAACAUCCUGCGCCUCCCCGACCUCUCGCCAUACGAGGAGAUGGUCGCAGGGCAGAAUGUCAACGAUGUCACUGCUCUCCUCAUCAAGCCAGCGCAGGCUCAGGCCGAGGCAGCUGCCGCGGCGCAGGCACAGGCUCAGGCUCAGGCCGAGGCAGCUGCCGCGGCGCAGGCACAGGCUCAGGCUCAGGCCGAGGCAGCUGCCGCGGCGCAGCGAAGUGAGCUCCCCGAGUCUCUUAUCCCGUCGUCGGCCUACCCGUCGUUCAUGGCUGCCCUCGAGAAGACGACUGAGGAUGAGAGUGUUGACGUUCUCCGAGCCUGCGUUGCUGAUCUCGCACCACAGCGCCGCGCCGUUCUUGCCUUUCUCCUCAGGUACUUUCACCGCGUCGCCAAGUCGUUCAAGAGCAACAAGAUGUCGGCCAACAACCUCGCCAUUGUCCUUGGCCCCAACAUCCUGCGCCUCCCCGACCUCUCGCCAUACGAGGAGAUGGUCGCAGGGCAGAAUGUCAACGAUGUCACUGCUCUCCUCAUCAAGCGUGCCGAUGUGAUUCUUGGGGAGGACCUCGGCGGCGACUCUUCAGCUGGGACCAAGGCCGAGGCCGAGGCAGCUGCAGCAGCGCAGGCCGAGGCCGAGGCAGCUGCAGCAGCGCAGGCACAGGCUCAGACCGAGGCAGCUGCUGCAGCGCAGGCACAGGCUCAGGCCGAGGCAGCUGCAGCAGCGCAGGCACAGGCUCAGGCCGAGGCAGCUGCCGCGGCACAGGCACAGGCCGAGGCCGAGGCCGAGGCAGCUGCAGCAGCGCAGGCUCAGGCCGAGGCAGCUGCCGCGGCGCAGGCACAGGCUCAGGCUCAGGCCGAGGCAGCUGCCGCGGCGCAGGCACAGGCUCAGGCUCAGGCCGAGGCAGCUGCCGCGGCGCAGGCGCAGGCUCAGGCCGAGGCAGCUGCCGCGGCGCAGGCGCAGGCUCAGGCCGAGGCAGCGGCACGGGCACAAUCCGCCGAGGCGGUCCGUGCUCAGGCCGAAGCAGCCUCGGCGGCAGCAGCCUCGGCAGCGGCGGCGGCCCUCGAAAUGAGUGACGACGAGCCGCCGGCCAAUGACGACGCCACCCUUGAUGACCUCAUGUCCCAACUUGACGAUCCCGACGUCGCAUCCCCUGCUGCGGCUCCGCCCAUAGCCUCGGCUGACAUCAAUGACGCACUUGCAGAGCUGGACAGUCUCGGCUUUUAAACUUAUGGCCUUCCUUC